AUGUCUUUGAGAAACUAUUUCCUACUUGGUUUUGUGCUUUGCGGGGCUCUUGCCGCAGAAAUAUCAAAGAGCGAUGACCCCCAAGAACCUCAAGAGGACCAGGGGGACGGCGCCGGACGCGUCGUGGGUGGGACGAACGCACCAGAUGGGGCUUUGCCAUACCAAGUAUCCCUACAGCUUGCAAAUCAUAAUAACUUCCAUUUCUGUGGUGGCGCCGUCAUUGCUGACAGAUGGAUCCUCACUGCAGCACAUUGCUUAAAAGACAUAUCGGUAAAAAACCUAAGAGUUUUGGCAGGAACAAACAACAAUAAGUCUGGAGGUACCAGAUACAUAAUUGACAAAAUUAUAAAACAUGAAAAAUAUACCGAUAGACCGAAUGUAAACGAUAUUGCUCUGUUGAGAACCAAUGAGAAGAUUAAAUUUACAGAAAAAGUUAAAGCUAUCGAAGUAGCCACGGAAGACCCCAAACCAGGGGACAAGUGUAAAUUAUCCGGAUGGGGAUUCACCACCCAAAAUCAAAGAAACAGCCCCUACAAAUUGCAAUGGUUGGACGUAAAAAUUAUAUCCAAUAAAGACUGUAAAACUAAUUUUAUACGACGCUUUGAAAAGAGUUUCCCUGUUACUGAAAACCACAUCUGUACUCUUAACAAGAACGGCGAAGGUACUUGCCAAGGUGAUUCUGGUGGAUCCUUGGCGUGCAACAACAAAUCUGUUGGUAUCGUCUCAUGGAACAAUCCGUGUGCUCGAGGACAACCUGAUGCCUAUACGAGAACCAGCAAGUACACCACUUGGAUCAAGGACACCAUGGAGGCUAAUAACCCCUAA